GGCCGCGGUCCCGGGCCCGUCCGGCUCCUGCUCGAGUCGCCCGGAGAAGGAGGAGGGGACGACGACGAGCGCACGGCGGGGAGCCCGGUGUGUUGUCGUCUUCCUGAUUCUGGAGAAAAAAUGCCGGUCCGGAAGCAAGAUACCCAGAGAGCAUUGCACCUGUUGGAAGAGUAUCGUUCCAAAUUGAGCCAUACUGAAGAUAGACAGCUCAGAACUUCCAUAGAACGGGUUAUUACCAUAUUUCAGAGCAACCUCUUUCAAGCUUUAAUAGACAUUCAAGAAUUUUAUGAAGUGACCUUACUGGAUAAUCCAAAAUGUCUAGAUCUUGCAAAGCAGUCAGAACCAAUUCGGCCUGUGAAUACCUGGGAAAUUUCCAGCCUUCCAAGCACUACUGUGACUUCAGAAACCCUGCCCAGCAGCCUUAGCCCUACUGUGGAGAAAUAUCGUUAUCAGGAUGAAGAUACACCUCCUCAAGAGCACGUUUCUCCACAGAUCACUAAUGAGGUGACAGGUCCAGAACUGGUUCACGUCUCAGAGAAGAACCUGUCAGAGAUUGAGAAUGUCCAUGGAUUUGUUUCACAUUCUCAUAUUUCACCAAUAAAGCCAACAGAAGCUGUUCCUCCCUCCUCUCCCACUGUCCCUGUGGCCCCUGUCCUGCCAGUCCCUGCUGAGAAUUCUGUCUUCCUGCCCAUCGCACCACAGGCAAAUCCUCCUCCUGUACUGGUCAACACAGAUAGCUUGGAAACACCAACUUAUGUUAAUGGCACUGAUGCAGAUUAUGAAUAUGAAGAGAUCACACUUGAAAGGGGAAAUUCAGGGCUUGGUUUUAGCAUUGCAGGAGGUACAGACAACCCACACAUUGGAGAUGACUCAAGUAUUUUCAUCACUAAAAUUAUCACAGGAGGAGCAGCUGCCCAAGAUGGAAGAUUGCGUGUCAACGACUGUAUAUUGCGAGUAAAUGAAGCAGAUGUUCGUGACGUUACACAUAGCAAAGCAGUCGAAGCAUUAAAAGAAGCAGGGUCUAUUGUACGGUUAUAUGUAAAAAGACGAAAACCAGUGUCAGAAAAGAUAAUGGAAAUAAAGCUCAUCAAAGGUCCUAAAGGUCUUGGGUUCAGCAUUGCGGGAGGUGUUGGAAAUCAGCAUAUUCCCGGUGAUAAUAGCAUCUAUGUAACCAAAAUAAUUGAAGGAGGUGCAGCACAUAAGGAUGGCAAACUUCAAAUUGGAGAUAAACUGCUAGCAGUGAACAGCGUAUGUUUGGAAGAAGUUACUCAUGAAGAAGCAGUAACUGCCUUAAAGAACACAUCUGAUUUUGUUUCUUUGAAAGUGGCAAAGCCCGCCAGCGUGUACAUAAGUGACGGCUACGCGCCCCCUGACAUCACUAGCUCUUCGUCUCAGCCUGUUGAUAAUCAUGUUAGCCCAUCUUACUUGGGCCAGACACCAACAUCACCAGCCAGAUAUUCACCCAUUUCUAAAGCUAUGCUUGGAGAUGAUGAAAUUACUAGGGAACCUAGAAAAGUUGUCCUUCAUCGUGGCUCAACAGGCCUUGGUUUCAACAUUGUAGGAGGUGAAGAUGGAGAAGGAAUAUUUAUUUCCUUUAUUUUGGCUGGAGGACCUGCUGAUCUAAGUGGAGAGCUCAGAAAAGGAGAUCGCAUUAUAUCGGUAAACAGUGUUGAUCUCAGAGCUGCCAGUCAUGAGCAGGCAGCAGCUGCAUUGAAAAACGCUGGUCAGGCUGUCACUAUUGUUGCACAGUAUCGACCUGAAGAGUACAGUCGUUUUGAAGCUAAAAUACAUGAUUUACGGGAGCAGAUGAUGAAUAGUAGCAUUAGUUCAGGGUCAGGUUCUCUACGAACUAGCCAGAAGCGAUCUCUCUAUGUCCGAGCCCUUUUUGAUUAUGACAAAACUAAAGACAGUGGCCUUCCCAGCCAAGGAUUGAACUUCAAAUUUGGGGAUAUUCUCCAUGUUGUUAAUGCCUCUGAUGAUGAAUGGUGGCAAGCCAGACAGGUUACACCGGAUGGUGAAAGUGAUGAAGUUGGAGUGAUCCCCAGCAAACGCAGAGUUGAAAAGAAAGAAAGGGCCCGGUUAAAAACGGUCAAGUUCAAUUCUAAAACAAGAGGAGAUAAAGGGCAGUCAUUCAAUGACAAGCGUAAAAAGAACCUCUUUUCCCGAAAAUUCCCCUUCUACAAGAACAAGGACCAGAGUGAGCAGGAAACAAGUGAUGCUGACCAACAUGUAACUUCUAAUGCCAGCGAUAGUGAAAGCAGCUACCUAAUCUUGAUUACAGAUGAGUAUGGCUGUUCAAAAGGUGGACAAGAAGAAUAUGUCUUAUCGUAUGAGCCAGUGAAUCAACAAGAAGUUAAUUAUACUCGACCAGUUAUCAUAUUGGGACCUAUGAAAGACAGGAUAAAUGAUGACUUGAUCUCAGAAUUUCCCGACAAAUUUGGAUCCUGUGUACCUCAUACAACUAGACCAAAACGAGAUUAUGAGGUAGAUGGAAGAGAUUAUCAUUUUGUCGCUUCAAGAGAACAGAUGGAAAAAGAUAUCCAAGAGCAUAAAUUCAUUGAAGCUGGGCAGUAUAACAACCACCUGUAUGGAACAAGUGUUCAGUCUGUGCGAGAAGUAGCAGAAAAGGGCAAGCACUGUAUCCUUGAUGUGUCUGGAAAUGCCAUAAAGAGAUUACAGAUUGCACAACUUUAUCCAGUAUCCAUCUUUAUUAAACCCAAGUCCAUGGAAAAUAUCAUGGAAAUGAAUAAGCGUCUAACAGAAGAACAAGCCAGAAAAACAUUUGAAAGAGCCAUGAAACUGGAACAGGAGUUUACUGAACAUUUCACAGCUAUUGUACAGGGAGAUACGCUGGAAGACAUUUACAACCAAGUGAAGCAAAUCAUAGAAGAGCAGUCUGGUCCUUACAUCUGGGUUCCGGCAAAAGAAAAAUUAUGAAAACUGAUGUUUCUCUGUUUCUCUUUUCUGCAUUCUCAUUUCUCUGCCCUUUCCUUCUGGAGUGUGUCUUCGGCCCUCUUUGCCUGUGGAGUCCCCCACCUCCCACUCACCGUAGCCUCAGUUGCGCUGAUUGUUGACAUCGAGUCUCUCUUUCACAUUGCAUCGUCGGAUCGUUCUAUGUUACUCUUGGUUUGUGGCCAUUUUUCAGAACUGAAGAUGGAUGGCCUGACCAGCUAUUAAGGGUUUGGGGAGAUGCAAAAUUGUGGUAAAAUUCCUUAAUGUUUAAGGGAAAGUUAACUUUAUGACAUUUUUCAGAAAGCUUUAUAUACAUUCUUUUCAGAUUUCAAUACAAAUGAAAGAAAAGUGGUUUUAAUCAAUGAUUUUAGUACUUUGAGCAACUGUGCACGCUGAACUUUAGUAGCAUGGUUUGGCCACUGUAUUAGCUCUCAGUUGACUUCUGCUAUUAAAAUAACUAUUUCAUUAUAGACAAAUAAGAAAAAAUAUGUUCUUAUUUCAAAAUUAAUGUCUGAGUUAACUCAUAAUUUCACAAGGGAUAUUCACUUUUCAUAAGAGCUAAAUCUAUUGUUUGAGGGUCCUCCCCCGCCCCAGCACAUUUGUUAGGAAUGACAGUGUUCAAAUGUUUUAAUCUACUUGUGAAGCACUAUUUAUAGUGUCUUUCAAAAGUUGUUCCUUUUCUGAAUUAAGGCCAUGCUGAGGUGCUAGGGAAGCUCACCUUUUACACAGAAGGUAAGAGGAUUUCAUAGACAUAAGUUCUGACAAAAGACAUUUCAGUGGAGAUGUAGUAACCAUUAUAGCAAUGGAAAAGGAGUCUAAUUCAUAGCCAGGCUAAAACAUUAAAUAUGUGUUUAGGGAGGGAGUCAGAUUUUAAUGAAUAUUUUACCCACAAUAACUGCCUAUUUUGUUAUAAUAAAAAAUAUAUAUAUAUAAAUAUAUAUAUAAAUUUUCUUUAAACUCUGUAACUAUGGGAAUUAUUUUCUUUACAUAGUUGCACACACACAAACAUAUAUAUAUAUAUAUAUUUAAAAUAUAUUUUUUUCUUUUGCCACCUACUCCUAACUUUUUGUUUGGUUUUUAAAUUAAGUAUGAAUUGAUCAGACUUCUCUUCCUUAAUCAUGUGAACUGAAAACAGGUGUAUGGUGGUUGUGAGGAGAAACCUCUAGGAAAUUAGAAUGUCAGUAAAAGUAUGAGCACGUUCUCCUCUUUCCUACAGACAUUUUCAGAAGGUUCCCCACUUUUUCCCAUUAUUGUUCUUGUCAUUGGGUUUCAUUUUGGUUCUCUGCCUUGCCUUCUUGUUCUCAUUUUAUUAACAGGCAAAAACCCUUCCAUGUGAAUUCACCUCAGACUCUCACCUUGCAUCACUGCUCUGCACUAGAGCUGCACAGAUCUUUAUGGUGAGCAAUUUUAAGAAAUUUUUGUGAAAGGCAAACAAGCCCUCAAAUCAUUUUCUCUGAUCUUUUUUUAUGGGUAUCAUUUGCCUUCCCAUUGCUCUUUGGAGUUGUUUAUUGAAUAUGUAGUUUUUGACAACCUCAUUAAUAUUUCUUAAGUACGUACUGGUUUGUAAAGAGUUACCAACAUUAUCCAUUCCAUUUAUGAGAAGGAGGAGAACAGCUAAUAAACUUUACUGUAAAAAUCCA